AUGGACAGGCGAGAAAGGGACAGAGACCCCCAAGCGUCUAGCUCUCAAAGAGACGAUGGAAAUCAAGACCGGGUCAAGGAUCGAAGGAGAGACAGAGAUGAUAAAGACAGAGACAGGAGAGACAGAGAUGAUAGAGACAGAGAAAGGAGAAGAGAUAGAGAUGACGAAAGACGACGCGGCAAAUACGACUCGGAUCGCUACGACCGGGACAGAAAGCGCGAUAGAAGUCGCUCAAGGGACCGAUCCCACAAAAAGGAGAAACGCCGCCACGACUCCCGUACCCCCUCCCCCUCCUCCAAAUCAAAACGAAAAGAAGCCAAAUCUGCUGCCAAGGCCACGGCGAAGAGAGAGGCCGAGUUGGAACAAGCCCGCGCUCUUGCUGAGCUGUCCAUGUACUCUGCUACCGACAAUCCCUUUCACGAUACCAACCUUGGCCAACAAUUCCAAUGGAAUAAGAAGAGGGAUAAAGAGAAGAAAGCGGGAAUGUCAGCAGAGGAAAUCGCGAGGAAGGACGCUAUCAGGCGGCAAGAGGCCAAGGAGGAGUUGGAGCGGUUGAACAAAAAGAGAGCGGAGAGGGAGAUUGAGAUGCAGCUGAGGGACGAGGAAGAGAACAGGCAGAAACGUUUGGCGGAGGACGCUGCGAUGGCAGACUGGAUCGCCAAGGAGGACGACUUUCAACUGGAACAGUCUCGCCGCCGUGCUGGUAUUCGCCUACGCGAACAGCGUGCCAAAGCUAUCGAUUUCCUCGCCAUCAAUCUCCGUUUUACAGACCCCAAAUUUUCCCACCAAACUUCUGCUAUCGGUUCUCUCACAAAUCCCCGGGCUAGUGAGGUCGAGCGCGAAGAAGAAGAGGAAGGUUGGGGAUGGGCGGAUGCUGGCUUCGAGUUUGAGAUUGACGAGCCGUGGAAGAUCUUUGACAAUCUUACGCUGGAAGAUUGUGCAGAGCUUGAACAAGACAUCAAGAUGUAUCUCAGUCUGGAGAAAUCGCCAAUCAACAUUGAGUUUUGGAAGGCAAUGCAAAUUGUUUGCGACCAUUACCUUGACAAGCUGCGCAACCCCGACCAGGCCGCUGGAGGCCCCCUCUCCGACCCAGAAGUCGAAGAGGCUACAAGCAAUAUUGUGAAAGGCCUGAGCUUGCAGCGUCUUCUGGAGCUCGAGAGCAGGGCCGAUGGGCUUCUCCGUAGUGGGCAGCCUGUGGAUAACGAUUUCUGGGAGCUUGUCUUGAAAAAGAUUUACGUCGAGAAGGCUAUUGCCAAACUUAAUUCUAUACAUGAGAUCGUCCUCAAAAACCGUCUCGAGCAAUUCAAGCGCCGCCAGCGCGAAGAUGCUGCCAAAGUCCAAGCUGAACUCGGCGGUGUCCUUGCUACCAACACCAACACUUUCGGCGGCGACAUGCACGCCGACGCGGGCGUCAUGCCAGACGAGGGCGAUGAAGCAGAUGAUGAAGAAGAUGACGAGGAUGACUUUAUCGAAGACUACAACCGUGAGAUGAGUCCCGCCAUUGUCGACAUCCGGCAUAUGCCCAUCGAAGAGAGGCGGCUACCUAUCGUCAGGGAAGAGGAUGACCUCCGCCAGAUCUUUGCUGCCCGUCACUCCAUCACAGCGACAAACUUUAUUCCCAAGCAUGCUCGUGCCGCUGCUGCGACUGCCAUCACCACGCAAUCCGUCUCACGCCCGUCUGCGGCAGAUAUGGAGGCUGAGCGUAUCUAUCGGGAAGAAGCGGAACGUGAAGCUCGUGAUCUGGGGUCGGAUGAAAGUGAAGAGGAGUUUGGCGAUCUUGAUGCGGGUCUGGACGUGCCCUCGACGUACGACUGGACCGAUCGAUAUAGGCCGAGGAAGCCUAGGUUCUUCAAUAGGGUGCAUACAGGAUAUGAGUGGAGCAAGUAUAACCAGACGCAUUACGACACGGACAACCCACCUCCCAAGGUCGUGCAAGGUUACAAGUUCAACGUCUUCUACCCCGAUUUGAUCGAUCAAUCCAAAGCACCCACAUAUUAUGUCAAAAACAUCCCCGAGGAUCCCGACACGCAAAUGAUCGUGUUCACUGCGGGCCCGCCGUACGAGGAUAUUGCCUUCAGGAUUGUGAGAAGACAAUGGGAGUUUUCGCACAGGAAUGGGUUCAGAAGCACGUUUGACAGGGGUGUCCUGCAGCUGUAUUUCACGUUUUCGAGAACCUUUUACAGAAAAUAG